AUGCAAAACCUGAGGGGCCUGUUUAAAAUGUUCUCCUUGGAUGGGCUGAGGGGUGAUACCCUGAUAGAUGUCGGCUGUGGCCCCACCAUCUACCAGUUUCUGUCCGCUUGUGUGGAGAACAUCACCUUGGACUAUGCAGACCAGAACCGCCGGGAGCUGGAGAAGUGGCUGAGGAACGAAGCAGAAGCCUUCGACUGGAGGCCAGUGGUGAAAUACGUUUGUCUACUUGCUGGGGAGAAGUGGGCUGCGAAAGAGGAGAAACUGAGAAAGAAGGUGAGGCAGGUUCUGAAGUGCGACAUGACCAAAGCCAGCCCCGCGGACCCCAUGUCCCUGCCUCUUGCUGACUGCCUCCUCUCCACCCUCCACUUGGAGGCCACCUGCAAGGACCUGGCCACCUUCCGCAGCGGCCUGAGAAAUGUCAGUGCCCUUGUGAAGCGGGGACACCUGGUGAUGGUGACUGUCCUCCAGGAAACCUACUACGCCUUCAACAAGCAGGUUUUCUUGUGCCUCUGCCCGGAGAGAAACGUGGUGGAAGAAGCUGUGGAGGGCACUGGCUUUGAUGUGAAGUUCAGCAAGGUCCAGUCAUACCUGCCCAGCGAUGUCCACGCGGACCGUGAAGCCCCAUUGAGCCUCGUGGCAGGCAGGUGUGCCUCCAUCACCGGAUAG